ACCAAAAUUUAAAAUUUAUUUUACGUAUUUAUUCUUAUGGCUGUAGAAUGCAUUACGGUAUGUUUCCCAUUUAAGCUGCAAAGUACUGAAUUUAAAUCGCAAUAUCCAACGCCUGUCCUUAGACAAGAGGGCACUGUUGCGUUCACUCUUCCAUUCAAUGCACUAAUAAACGUAAGCUCUGAGAAGUCUUAUACUGUCAGUUACACAAAAAAGCAAAAAAACGAUGGAACAGAAGCUGGGUUUAUAUAUCAGAUAAUAAUUGAUUUUACCAGCAUUAAUGAUGCAAUUGAUUUUUGUAGUAACCCAAUUAUUCACGUGUCAUAUAAUGAGGUAAGUGAUUUAAGCAGCUUGGACAAAAAAUUAGAAGAAGCCUCUGACUUACUUGAAAAAACUGGACAGUCUUGGCGAAAGAAAAGAAAGGCAGAAACGGACGAAGAUGGAUACUUUACUGCCUAAUACAUGGGCUAGACACUUCACAUAUACUAGAGGCAAGUUUAGAUAUGUUUAGGUGAUACUGUAAGAAUGCAGCAGUAUUUUUAUACCAUUAUUAAUAAUCUAAAACACUUAGAAUAUUCCUUACAGUAUAACCAUGAAAAAACCAAAUUUAUCUCAUAUGCAGUUUAUAUGGCGCCAUUCUGCUGCUAAAUAAUCAAAACACUCUAUCUAUUUUACUAGAAAGUGAAUACUUUACAGA